GUCCCUACAUGUAGGGAAAUCCCCAUCACAGUCUCUAAACAAAGAGAAAGCUACUCACACCACGUGUGUGUGUUAAUACAGCUCUUCCUAGACCAUGGUGGAGCUACUCAUCGACCCUGCCAUCCGUCAGUGGGUCAUCCUGCCUAUAGUGUUCAUCACCCUCGUGUUUGGUUUAGUACGUCACUAUGUCACUGUGUUACUACGCAACGACUCUAAGACCCCCACACUGGAGGAGAUCAAGGACGGACAAGCGCUGAUGCGUAGUAGAGCCCUGAGGGAGAACGGUGGAUGGAUACCUAGAGAGUCGUUUCUGAUGAGGAAGCAUUUCUUCCAUAAUGAAGAGAGGGGUUACUUCAAGACAGAGCAGAGAGCGGCAGCCAAUCCAAUGCAAGCUAUGGGAGACCCAAACAUGGCGUUUGAGAUGAUGAAGGGAACCUUCACCAACGUCCUGCCCAUGAUAGUCAUCGGAGGCUGGAUCAACUGGACCUUCGCUGGAUUUAUCACAACCAAGGUCCCCUUCCCCCUCACGCUGCGUUUUAAGAGCAUGCUACAGCGUGGGAUUGAACUCAAGACUCUCAGUGCCUCAUGGGUGAGCUCGAUGUCGUGGUACUUCCUGAACGUGUUUGGUCUGAGGAGCAUCUAUGGUCUGAUCCUGGGAGCUGAUAAUGCGGCUGACCAGACUCGGCAGAUGGCCCAGCAGAUGUCAAUGCAGGGACAGUCCAUGGGAGGGAAACCACCUAACAUGAACCAGCUGUUCAAGGACGAGUGGGAGGCUCUACAAGUGAUGACGUAUCGUGAUCAUCUGUCAGGAGUGGAGGAAGAGGUCACUCAAAGGGGACAACUCUUACCUCUCACUGACCCCACUCUUAAGAAGCUGCACUGACCCACUAGGAUAUAGUUAAUAAUAGUAGGAGUGGAACUGUAUAAUAUUAUAGUCUGCACAUGUGAUAACCUGUGACUGUGUUAAUAUUCAAUUGUCCAAAUGAGAAUAAUAACUUGA